AUGGAAUCAAUGGGCGUGUUAAUGACUUGUCCGAUGCACAGUUACAUCGAAGAAGGGCUUGCCAAGCGCUUUAAACUCUUCAAGCUCUGGCACUUUCCCUCUUUCAGCGCCUUCGCCCAAGCCCACGCCAACUCCGUCCGCGCCGUCGUCGCAAAUGUCAAAGUUGGAGUGGACGCCGCCACCAUCGACUCCUUGCCCAACCUCAAGAUUGUCUCCACCUACAGCGUCGGAUACGACAACAUCGACCUCCGAAAAUGCAGAGAGAAAGGCAUUCCCGUCACCAACACACCCAAUGUUCUGACCGACGAUGUCGCCGAUCUCGCCAUCGCCCUUGCCUUGUCCCUCUUCUGCACAAUUUCUCACUCCCCUCGCCGUAACUCCGCUCCUCCCUUCACACCAAAGCUUAGUGGUAAAGCAGUUGGAAUUAUUGGGUUGGGGAGGAUUGGUAGGGCGAUUGCGAAGAGAGCUGAGGCAUUUGGGUGCCCAAUUAUGUACCAUUCCAGAUCUGAAAAACCAGAGUCAGGGUAUAAAUAUUACUCUAACGUUCUUCACUUAGCUGCUGACUCUGAAGUACUUGUUGUGGCCUGUACCCUCACCCCAGAAACCCGUCACAUUGUGAACCGUGGAGUUAUUGAUGCAUUGGGCCCGAAGGGGGUUUUGAUCAAUAUCGGGCGAGGCCCGCACGUGGAUGAGCCCGAACUGGUGUCCGCGUUGAGUGAAGGAAGACUAGGUGGUGCGGGCCUUGACGUGUUUGAGAACGAGCCAGAGGUGCGUGGAGAGCUACUAAGGCUUGAGAAUGUUGUGUUGACUCCUCAUGUGGGGAGUGACACUGUGGAAACUUGCAUGGCAAUGGCAGACCUUGUGAUUGCAAACUUAGAGGCACACUUCCUUGGCAAGCCACUUUUGACUCCUGUCAUUUGA